GUGGCGAGAGGUUUUGCUGGGGCGACUCUUUGCAUGCAAGUGACCAAGGAAGGACUGUGAAAACCCAUACAGGGGUUCCUCAACAUAAACCUUGGCUACAGUUACCUCCUCAGAGCCUGGCAUCUGGGACUCAGAGCAGGACAGCUCAGGGGGAGAAGAAAAACAACAGGGGAAGAGAAAGACGUCUUCGAGACGGCGAGGCAGCAGGAGCCUGGUGCUGAGGCUGAGAAGAAGGCUGUCGAGCUGUCGGGGUGUGAGUCAACACCCUCUAGUGGAGCUGUCGACAAACUGUCCUGCAGAGAUUCUGUCUGAACCUUCAGCAUUUCAAGAAGUCUAUGGUCCAGCAUUAAGCAGAGACCAUGUGGUGUUUGGAGCUGCUCUUACCUCUGCUGUUGAUCAUCCAUGAUGCCAGUUGCCAGUGGAGUAUUUGGUUACCUCGGGAUAUCUCAGCCAUGACAAACUCCUGUGUAGUCAUCCCCUGCAGCUUCAUGUAUCCAUCUGGAAUCAGGCCCAUCCGGGGCGUUCAUGGGAUCUGGUAUUUUGGCCAGCCCUACCCACAACUCUUCCCUCCUGUAGUCUUCAAAUCCCUCACAGAGGUUGUUCACGAGAGCUACAAGGGUCGCACCAAGCUGCUGGGCGACCUCAACCAGAGGAAUUGCACUCUGCUCAUUGGCAACAUCGGUGCAGAACACUCGGGGAGGUACUACUUCCGGGCAGACAUUGGUGGAGCCAACAAAUAUUCAUACCCAGACUUUGCUGAGCUCAAAGUUUUGGAUCAGCCCAGCAUCGAUGUACCCGAGGAGAUUGUCAGUGAUGAGAGCCUGGAGCUGACAUGCUACGUUCCUGAUAACUGCCCUGACAUGACUCCAGAGAUUCAGUGGAUGUACACCGAUUACCUGCCCGACCCGGCAUUCAGUACUGAAUACCUGGAGGAGAGCAACACGGCAGUGCUUUCCAACACCCUCGUCUUCACGCCCAGACCUAUGCACAACGGACAGCUGCUGGGUUGUAGGGUCUACUACCCCAACACCACACUGGUCUAUGAAAGGCUCAUCUCACUGGAUGUCAAGUACUCUCCACGAUCCGUGUGGGUGAACGUAUCCUCAGAGGUGAUGGAGAGCAGCUCUGUGACGCUGCACUGUGAGGUGGACAGCAACCCUCCUCCCAGGAUCUCCUGGAUGUUCGAGGACAACGAGCUGCUGUGGGACACAGCCUCCAACCUCUCCCUCUCCCUGGAUGACGUCACGCCUGUAAAUGAAGGGGUUUAYACUUGUGUUGGAGACAAUGGCUAUGGGGUUAUGAACACCUCGAUGUACCUCGCUGUCAAGUACCCUCCCCGAGAACCGGUGGUAAACGAAUCUCUGACGGURGUUGAGGGCGCUUCACUGGCUUUGCACUGCAGCACCCAGGGAAGCCCAGCUCCGACCCUCACUUGGCUGAAGGAUGGGGAGCUGGUGGGCACCAUCACUGCUGGCGAGCUGUCGGUGCUGGAGAUUGUGGAAGUCACACCRCAGGAGGAUGGACAUUAUCGCUGCCUGGCUGAGAAUGAGCAUGGACGAGCCAGYACCUCCCUCAACAUCACUGUUGAGUAUGCCCCGGUCCUUUUGGARGAAUCAAAGUGCACAGUGGUGAGGGAGGGAGUCCAGUGUGUCUGCAUAGCCACGGGAAACCCCGAACCAACUAUCGAGUUUUACCUGCCGGACCUGAACGUCACAGUCAAUGAAACAGACGGCCGGUACAACUUCUACACACACACAGAUGGACACACGUCCACUGCGAUGAUCAAGCUGCGGGAGAAAGGGGAGMGGGCUGACAACGGCGGACCAGCUGUAAAUGUGCACUGCAGCAUGCACAACAUCUACGGCAGAGAGAGCGUACUUUUGGAGCUACAGCAGGAAAAAAAGUACAUGAUGGCAGUUAUAGUUGGCACCAUUGGAGGAGUAGCCGUCAUUGCCUUCAUCAUCGCAGCAGUGAGAUAUGUGGGCCAGAAUAACAAAAAAGAGAAUGGCAACCCUAGGCAGGACGUGGUCCUGGAGAACCCAGCUUUGUACUACAGCGCAGUCAAGAAGGACAAACAAAAUCUGAGGAAGAAAGUGCUUAAGACAGAGCUGUUGGGCUCAAAGUUUAACUCCAUUCUAGAGGAGACUACGGGAGAAGACGGGGAUUAUCAAUCUGUGGGCUCHAUGGCAGGACUGGAGAGGCAAGAGCUGAACUACGCUGCGCUGGAGUUUAUGGGUCGCAGGCCCAGGGAGGGGGCCACAGGGAGGGGGGAUGACGGCAGCAACUACACAGAAAUCAAAGCCAAAUGAAUCGCGAUCCUUCCCUGAUCCCUCGGCUAUGCGAGAUGCAGUGGCAGCCCCGAUUUAUACACACUUCCUCCACAAACUAUGUAUUAACUUCAUCUUCCUCACUGGAUGUCUCCAUGCUCAUGAAGACGUUUUUGUUUCAGAUAGGUAACGUGUAAUGUACAGUUCUUACGGCACUGUUUGGAAAAAUAUAGAGCGAGACCUAGGACAACACCAACAACUAUUUUAAUACCCAACCUUGGUUCAUGUACUUUGACUUUACAUUAUAGUGUUGCUUUAUCUGUGCAAUUGUACAUUUCUCAUUUGUCUCACAUUUUGUUCUGCAUUUGUCUGAUAACUGUCACUGCGUCUGCUGCCAGUCGAAGCGUCAGGGCAAGGAGUAACCGUGUUUUUCUUCCCCUUAUUGUCUCUGUUUAUCAACAGAAAGUGAACCUGAUCCUCUCUUUGUUUCGGUUAAUUACAUCCCAAGAAGAGAACAGGCAAAGGCAAGAGAUGGAAACUUAUGGCAACUGUUCUCCACGUAUCCUGUAGUUGUGUUUAAUAUGUGCUGUAGCCUCUCACUAUGAACUGAACAAGGUCAACAUCCACUUUGACAAUAGUUGAAACAAUUCUAGAAAUUUAAGCGACAAAACACCUAAUUCUGACCAACAAGAAGCUUUAAAUUUCAGCCAUUUUCCAGUAAAUCUUGACAAAUGUUCCUGCAAUAUGGCCACCGUGGUCUUGAUGUUCUCCUCACAUGCUACGUGAUUAAUUUAGAAAACACAGACAUAAAGCACAAUAAACUGUACGUGUGUGUGAGUG